CACAUUUCAGGAGAGUUUGGCUGCGCUAUUUGGAUCACGUUUGAUUAUUUCAUGACAACGGCUUCUAUCUUCACCAUGCUAGCCAUCUCCAUGGACCGGCUGUGGUCCGUCACCUGGAGUGUUCACUACAGAAACAACAACACGACUAGAAAGACGAUCGCCAUCAUCAGCGUCGUCUGGUUGCUUGACGUCAUCCUCAUUCUACCGGCGAUGAUUGUCGACCGCGUCCGGGAACACCCGAAGUGGAGCGAUCCGACGCUACCCGGAUUCCGAUACGACUGCAUCUGGGAUCCGGCUCGGAACGUCGUCUUCGUUUACUCGGUGAUGUUCAUCUGCUACCAGGUUCCGCUCGUCCUCAUGAUCGUCUGCUAUUUCCGCGUGUAUUACGUCAUGAAGAAACGCGCGAGAGUCUCUGGAGCUCGAGGCGCCAUGUUUAAUCAGCACACAUCUCAUAGCGUCACCGGCGUAGCAACCGUUGCUACGGUAGCCAGAAAGGAGCCGCCAAACGAAAAACCGUCAAUUCCCGCGCCAGUGAGUGCCGCUGUCGCUGUCAGUACUCUGAAUGUGGAAAACGCAAGCACGUCGACACAGCCGCGCGUGCUAGUACCAGCCGCCACCGCUACGAGGCGUGCCGGUAGCCGUCGCGCCUUCAUCACGCUCACCUACAUUCUCGUCUCGUUCCUAUUUUGCUGGGGAAGUUUUUUCGUCAUGUUUGACAUGAAAGCAGCGGAUCCGAACAGCAUUUCAGACACGACCUACACGCUGCUGUUCUGGCUGCCAUAUUUUAACAGCACAUUGAACCCCGUCCUGUACGGUAUCGGUAAUCCGGAAUUUCGAAAGGCUUUUCGUAUGAUUCUACAGCGAAAAUGAUUGCGUGAGUACUUUCAUGUAGUAUAUU